GGAUUCAUUGAGCUUGUGUCUGUCACCAAAGGUAACGUCAAAAAAGGCAACUUCCAAGAGAUGUAGCCAUAACCGGGUUUAAGAGCAUUUACAGUAAAAUACGAUAAAUUGAGUCUUAAACCCCGCAUGAUGGAGGCUGACGGCGUGAAGGACGAGCUGGCGGCGAUGCAGUUGGGGGAGAGCGAGGACGUGAACAUGGCGGACGUGGACGCCACAGAUGUCGGUGUCGUUACGUUGGACAAGGUGUCGCUGCUGCAAGAGAGCGUGGACAAGAUGGCGCUGAGUAUGUUCAACGCGCUGCGAUUGCUGCCCGCAGCAACUGGAGACGACGCCAAGAAGCAGGAAACAAAGGACGCGAUCACGACACUGGCCAACGACGUAUUGAAAAUGGUGCAGGAGACUGACGCGUUGAUCGACGAUCUACCAGGACUCGAUAAGACAGAGGCUGAGCAGACAGAGGAGUUGCGAAGGCUGCAGAUUGAGAGCGAAGAGGAGGCGCAAACACUGCGUCAAGUCGCCGAGGAAGCAGAGCGGUGGAUGAAUCGUGCGCGGGACUCGCUUCGAGUCAUCUCGGAGACACGUCUACGCCGCUGAUCGUUAUAGAAUACGCAGUGCCUCGAUCCACUGAAUGGAUUAUCACUACAUGGCGAUAACAGGAGACGUCUGGAA